UCGGAGCUCUGCCUUCCAGCCCGGCUCUGCUGCGCUUUGUCCGGCGAUGACGAGCGAGAAGAGGCCCGGGGCCGGCCGGGCCCAGCCGCUCCCGCUGGAGGUGGGGCGCGCUCAUUUCCCGGCGCCGCGGCGGCCGCUUUGCAACUCGCAACCUGGCUAAUUUCCUGCGUCCUCUGGCACCAGGAAGGAGGACGAUUCGUCUCUCCGGGCUGCCCAAGCGACAGCUGUCAGAGGGGCAGGAGCUUCUGGGAGCAGCCAUCUGAAGGCUACGUGUGCCGCCUGGUCAUUCAAAUUGUCAAUUUUAGGUCCAGAAGUGUCCAAACCACAAGUUCUCAAAACUCUGAAAAAUGGCUCCCUUCGAGUUAAGCAAUUCUGAAAGGCAUUCUCUGGGAAAAGUCUGUGGAGAAGCGAGGGAUCUUCUUGCAAAUAAUGUGGUCCCGGGCAAAGAUGCAGCAUCUUGGCUGUCUGCUCAAAAAAUGCCUAGACUCUUGGUGGAAACUGAGUGUCGAGCUGCAAAACCUCAAAUGGCAGAUUAUCAUCAUUUAAGAGCGCCUGGACACCGGAAAAGGCGAUUCCCUGAGCUCUUGGAGUUGGAGACAAUUUGGGGUUCAGUCUUAAACAUCUCUCGAGGUCUGCGCGGGGCAGCCAUUGGCGGCGGAGCGUCACGUGACCGAAGGGGCGUGCCAAUGUGCGCCCUCACGGGUGUCAAGACCCUGUCAGAGUGUGCGAUCAAGAUCGUGAAACAACGCGAUGCAAAAAGCGACCUACUACGACAGCUCGGCGAUCUACGGUGGCUACCCCUACCAGGCAGCCAACGGGUUCGCUUAUAAUGCCAGCCAGCAGCCGUACCCAGCAUCAGUGGCACUGGGCGCCGACGGCGAGUAUCACCGACCCGCCUGUUCACUCCAGUCACCCGCUAGCGCUGGGGGGCACCCCAAGGCGCACGAGCUGAGCGAGGCAUGUCUGCACACCCUGAGCGGCCCGCCCAGCCAGCCCCCAGGCCUGGGAGAGCCGCCCCUGGCCCCACCACCACCCCAGGCCGCACCCCCGGCCCCACAGCAACCGCAACCACCACCACAGCCCCCUGCACCAGCUCCUGCCGCGCCCCCACCCCCCUCUUCAGUCUCCCCACCUCAGAAUGCCAGCAGCAACCCUACCCCCGCCAGCGCGGCCAAGAGCCCCCUACUCAACUCGCCCACUGUGGCCAAACAAAUCUUCCCCUGGAUGAAGGAGUCUCGGCAGAACACAAAGCAGAAAACCAGCGGCUCCAGCUCAGGGGAGAGCUGCGCCGGAGACAAGAGUCCGCCUGGGCAGGCAUCCUCCAAGCGGGCGCGCACAGCCUACACGAGCGCCCAGCUGGUGGAGCUGGAGAAGGAAUUCCACUUCAACCGCUACCUGUGCCGGCCGCGCCGGGUGGAGAUGGCCAACCUGCUGAACCUCACCGAGCGCCAGAUCAAGAUCUGGUUCCAGAAUCGCCGCAUGAAGUACAAGAAGGAUCAGAAGGGAAAAGGCAUGCUGACGUCAUCAGGGGGCCAAUCCCCAAGUCGCAGCCCCGUGCCCCCCGGCGCUGGUGGCUAUCUGAAUUCUAUGCAUUCGCUGGUCAACAGUGUCCCCUACGAGCCCCAGUCGCCCCCAUCUUUCUCCAAGCCCCCCCAGGGUGCCUACGGGUUGCCCCCCGCCUCCUACCCUGCACCCCUGCCCACCUGCGCGCCCCCACCGCCCCCACAGAAGCGCUACACAACGGCGGGGACAGGGGCGGGGGGCACACCCGACUAUGACCCGCACGCGCAUGGCCUGCAGGGCAACGGCAGCUAUGGGACCCCACACUUACAGGGAAGCCCCGUCUUCGUAGGGGGCAGCUAUGUGGAGCCCAUGAGUAACUCUGGGCCGGCCCUUUUUGGCCUAACUCACCUCCCCCACGCCGCCUCGGCUGCCAUGGACUACGGGGGUGCUGGGCCGCUGGGCAGCGGUCACCAUCACGGGCCCGGGCCAGGGGAGCCUCACCCCACCUACACGGACCUUACCGCCCACCAUCCUUCUCAGGGAAGAAUUCAGGAAGCCCCCAAGCUCACCCACCUGUGAUGGUGGGCUUGGGGCUGCGCGCCAGGAGAGUCCCCCCACCCCCACCUUUCUUCAUCGUUUGCUUUUUUUGUUUUAAGGUUUUCCUGCCCCUCCCUUCUCUCUCUUUCUCUAUCUCUCUCUCUCCCGCCCUCCUUUCCCUCCCUCCACCCUUUUUGUUUUCUUUGGUAACGCGUUUUUAUAGUUUUUGUGACGUAGCAAUCUUGGUUGCUGGAAUGGCUGUCAGUAUCAGUAGCGAUAUUUAUCUCCUCCUGCCCCUCGCUCGGCCGCUGGCCCUGCACCCUUUACCUUCUUUACUCUUUGAUCAGAAACAGGGUAUAUGAACAAAUUUUCUAGCCGAGUUCUUCAAUGUGAAUUUGUUCGUACAUUAUGGCUCCCGAGGGGAAGCGAUUACUUUUUUUUUUAAUUUUAGUGUUUUUUUUUUAUUGCACUUCUUGUAAAGAGCGAGAAAAAAAAUCAAAGGCGCUUUGAAACAGGGCUCCCUGUGCAAGGAUGACUAAGUGUACGUCUUUCCGUGUGUGUAUGCUGGUGAACAGUCAGAUUUAUUUAUAUUUUUUUUGCAAGCAUUGAAUAAUCUAAGUUUUAAAUAUUAUUUAUCCCCAUCCGUUCGUAUUUAUAUUAAAGAAAUUCUGUACCCUGAUUGUUCAGAAGGUUUCUUGGGCCUUUUGUUCAAUGGUGUAUUGGCGUACAUAGGAAAUUUUUUUUUUAUUUGAAAGGGAAAUGUAAUUCCUUUAUAAAAACGGUAAUGAUGCAAUAAUAUCAGAGAGGAUCCAGCUUUCGAAAACAGUGAUUUAAGUUUGUAACAUCCGGCGAAACUGAAGAAAACCUGUAAACGAGAAAAAGACUAGAUUUGUUUUGAGAGUUCUACAUUCCUUGCUGCUCACACUGAGAAACAAAACAAAAAAAUAAAGUUUUUAUUCUGAAUAAUAUCCGCGUUCGGAAGAGGUUCUUUGGCCGAAGAUGGGGGUCUGCAUGGAAUUGAGGCGGAGGCGAACUGGCGGAGCAGGCCGCGGCCACCCUGCAGCUCCAGCUGGGGCCUGGCCCGGCGGCUCGUCCGGGAACACGGCGAAUUCUCGGUAAAGCAGCCGGAGCUCCUGGCGGCCGCAGCUUUGGAGACGCCGAGCGGCCAGCCCUCUGGGCUGCCUGGUUCCCAGCUGCCACGGAGGCCGGCAGCGGGCUCAGGGGCUGCGGAGAGCUGAGUGCGGGAGAAACAAAGGCAGCCGGGCCGAGGCGCGGCGGGGGGCGCACAGGUGCCGGGCGGACCCGCCAGGAACUAAGGCAGGGCGGUCUUCUGGUCCACGAUCUUCCUCCGGUCAAAGCGAACCAGCCAACGCCUUUAACCCGGGGAAUCGCCAGCCUCGCGGAGGAUGUUGAAGACUUUCUAGAAGCAACUGGGCUCUCCGCGGAUGCUUUGCGCCGAGGAAGAGACUCAACUGCUCACCCAGGUCUACAGCACAAGAAGCACUGAGCUCCGAGGAGCCUCCGUGAACCCUUCUCUGGACUGCUGGAGUCCUAGCUUCGGCUUCUUCUCGGAAUUUAGGAUUUGCCAUUCUCUGGAUUUAUUUCCUCUCCUUCUUCCCUCCCCGCUUUCCUUUUAUGGCCCCAGGGGGAGGAGAAGAGAACAAGGAGAUUAAUAUCUUUCUAAUACAAAUGCAAUUUUAUAAGUACUUCUUCCAUUUGAUGCUACAGUAGCUAAAUAUUACAUUUCUACUCCUGGAUUUAAGAUAGGGCUGCCUAUGGGCUGGCUGGCAGAGGCGAAGGCAGGCGCAGGAAAGGGAAAUUUUUUCCUCUUCAGCGGAGAAGGAACCAAAUUCAGAAAGUGCAAAACUCAGACCUGCAUCCCCAUCAGCAUCCUUCCCCCUCCCAAACCUGGAAGUGAGGAACCACCUGCACCUGCGGAUCAGGAGCAACCCAUGUGAGAAAGAAAUCCCCCUUAUCCCUGGAUUGUAUCUUUCUGAUGCAGAGAUGGAAAAUGUCGCCAUUUUGUUUGCAAACCAAAAUAUCCAUCUUCAUGGCCCCUAUCUGCCCCCUGAGAAGCUCCCUCAGAUGAUCUUUAGAAACAGGCACUGGAGCCAUUUCUGGGUACCUGCUGGGUCCGCAGGAGCUGCUUUUGGGAAACCUCCUCACGUUUUAAGCAAAUUAAAAGGGCUAGGAAGAUGCAAAGCCAGGCAGCUUUAAAGAUCUGGGUGUUUUCUCUCACAGCCAGAGGUGCUUCCGCCACAUGUAUCCUGGGGCUCCUGGUGUGUGUGUGUGUGUGUAUACACACACACACACACACAUAUGUAUAUAUAUUUUUUCUGUUUAAAGAGUUUGGGAUGUGGAAGAUGUAUAUUUGCUCCCUAUCCCACGCCAAGCUCCCUGCUGAAACAUGGCGCACCUCAGAAAUGCAGAGGCUGGAAAACCAGUCUUUGUGAGGACUGCAGCUUCCGCCCUUCUGGUUGUUCACAUCUGAACUGAGCAAGCUGAGCAGAUGCAGGAAUCUUCUUUUAAGUAAUAGUGUUAGAGAAGUGCAUAAAAUUA